GGCUAUUUUUGGUGGGGCCCGCCUUGCUUGCUAUUUCUGUCAGCAGGAGAGCGGAGGGGUGGGGGCAGGACUUGAGGGGCCGGACUUUCUCUCUGCUACUUGCUUACUCUCUUUUCUCUCUUUUCUUUUCCUCCUCCUCUGAACUGUCUGCUGACAACACCAGCGGAUCUCACCAUCACCUCCCGUCAGGCUUUUCGCUCUGUCGGAUGCACAAGGAUUUGGUCUCGCGCAUCAAAAUCUACUCGAUAUUAGCUGGAUUAUCUUCAAGUGUUUGGACUCAGACUGUUUCAAGAGGCUGUUAAAUGUGAACGGGUUCUGUCUUGUAAGAUGGAAUCAGCACCUCAGGGGACAUCAUAAAGUCAGACAGACAGGACAACGUAUUUCAUACAGUGGCAGAUUCCUCGGUGGCAGUGCCGGUGUCGUGUGCAGCCUUGUUUCCCAUGGACCUCAGGGUGGGAGAACGGGGUAUGCGCCCUGGUUCAGACACGGCGCUCCUCACCCCGCUGCACCCGCCGUUACUCCUCAGCCCAUUCUCCCCUCAGCCCCGCACCUCCUUCUCCCAACAACAACUGCACCAGCACAUCCGGUUUAAUAUGGAGCAGAGGAGGCGGGAACAGGAGCACCAUGAGAAACAGCAGGAAUUGCAGCAGCUAAAACACAAAGACAAGAGUCAACAGAGUGCGGUGGCCAGUUCCCUGGUGAAACAGAAACUUCAGGAGGUGAUCCUGAAGAAGCAAAAACAGGCAGCGCUGGAAAGGACAAGCUCCAACACUCUGACUGCGACACCUGUAGCAUACAGAAAGCUGGGCCCAGACCCCAGUGUUUCCUCCCAGAAUCUGGUCUCGUCUCCAUCACAGCCUUCUUCUGAGGGCUCAGAGGGGACGCCACUACGCAGGGCAGCGUCCGAGCCCAAUCUGAAGGUGAAACACAAACUGAAGAAACAUCUAAACACUCGCAAGAGCCCGCUCACCCGCAAAGAGAGUGCCCCGCCCACAAUCAAACACCGAGUACCUGACACACUGGACUCGUCCCCCAGCAGCAGUAGUACUCCAGUCUCUGGCUGUAGUUCCCCUAAUGACAGUCUGCCCAGUGAGAAUGGGCUGCUGCCAUCUGCAGGUGGCCUCUCACAUGAGGCACAGAAGCUGCUGCUCAGAGAUGGCACUCUAGCUAAUUUCACCAUCCAGAGUCCCUCCACUUUGCCCACCAUCACGCUGGGGCUACCAGCCAACGCCAGGGCUGAUGGAGAGCUGUCCUCUCUGAAGGUUGGCCAGGUGCCCAUGGUUACAGCCGGGGGCUCACCGGUCUUCCUCCCUCUGAGCAGAGAGGAUCAGGCUGGGCAGCUGAACCCUCACCUUCCUGUUAUCAUCCUGGAGCCUUCUGGACUGGUACACACUCCACUACUCACUGUUCCAGGCCUCGACUCCGUCCCACUGCAGUUUGCCCCUCAGUUAGACCACCUGUCUCCAGGAGGCUCUCACCCUCACAAGCCCCUGAGCAGAACACGCUCGGAGCCCCUCCCUCAGAACCCCCGGACCCUUCACGCACAUUUCCUCCAACAACAGCACAACACACAACUACUAGAGAGGCUCAAACAGCAGACACAUCUGGGCAAGCUAAUGUCCAAGUCCAGUGAGAAGCCCAGACUGCAUCAGAUCCCCUCUGAGGAUAUGGACUCAGAGGAUGGUGGCGGGACAUCGCCUUCAGAGCCGGCCUAUCAGAGCAGAGGGAGGGCAGAGUCUCUGAGGGAGGCGGAGCCAACAGCAUCCAAGAGUCACGAAGAGCAAAUCAACCUGCAACAUGCACUCAUACUCAACCAGUCGUUGCUAUGGGAACAGCAGAAGCAGCUACAGCAGCUGCAUCGACAGAUGGAGACCCUGGCAGUGCCCAUGUUACGUGGCGGAGGAAGUGGCGGAGUUGGUAGCGGUCUGGGUGUCCAUCGCCCCCUGUCACGUACACAGUCAUCCCCAGCUUCAACAUCUCUCACUCUGCCUGAGAAACCCCUCAGUCUGACGGGACAGGACACCAGCAGCAAACCACGCUUCACCACUGGGCUGGUGUAUGAUUCUCAGAUGCUGAAGCACCAGUGCACAUGUGGAGACAACAGCAGUCACCCAGAGCAUGCUGGGAGGAUACAGAGCAUCUGGUCCCGACUACAGGAGAGAGGCCUGAGGGGGCAGUGUGAGAGUAUUCGUGGUCGUAAAGCCACUCUGGAGGAGCUACAAUCAGUCCAUACAGAACGUCAUGUGUUGCUCUACGGCACCAACCCGCUCAACAGACUCAAACUGGACAACCGCAAACUGGCCGGAAUCCUCUCUCAAAGGAUGUUUGUGAUGUUACCAUGCGGGGGUGUAGGGGUUGAUAAUGACACCAUCUGGAAUGAAUCGCACACCUCCACAGCGUCACGCAUGGCAGCAGGCAGCGUCGUUGAGCUGGCCGUCAGAGUGGCCAAGGGUGAACUAAAGAACGGCUUUGCUGUGGUCAGACCGCCAGGGCACCACGCAGACCCCUCCAAUCCAAUGGGUUUCUGUUACUUCAAUUCAGUGGCCAUAGCUGCCAAGCAACUCCAACACAAGCUCAGCGUCAGCAAGAUCCUCAUUGUUGACUGGGAUGUUCACCACGGUAACGGGACCCAGGAAAUUUUCUACAGCGACCCCAGCAUUCUCUACAUCUCACUUCAUCGCUAUGAUGACGGGAACUUCUUCCCUGGCAGUGGGUCGCCAGCUGAGGUCGGCUCUGGAGCAGGUGAGGGCUUCAAUGUGAAUGUGGCGUGGACGGGAGGACUGGACCCACCCAUGGGAGAUGCCGAGUACCUCGCUGCAUUUAGGACUGUGGUGAUGCCCAUUGCUCAGGAGUUCUCCCCGGACGUCGUUCUGGUGUCAGCUGGUUUUGAUGCUGCCGAGGGCAACCCCGCUCCUCUGGGAGGGUACAAGGUCUCCGCCAAAUGUUUCAGCUUCCUGACCCACCAGCUGAUGUCUCUAGCAGGGGGUCGUCUGGUUUUGGCCCUAGAGGGAGGUCAUGACCUCACAGCUAUCUGUGACGCAUCUGAAGCCUGUGUCAGUGCACUCCUGGGCAAUCAGGACCCACUGCCAGAAGAAGUCCUACUCCAGAAGCCUAACGCUAACGCAGUCCGCUCCCUGCAGACUGUCAUACAGAUACAAAGUCAGUACUGGCAGAGUGUGAAGGCUUACAGCGGAUCAGUGGGUCUGUCCUACCUGGCUGCUCAGAGAAGAGACUGCGAGGAAACAGAUGCUGUCAAUGCUCUGGCUUCACUUUCUGUGGGAGUUCUUUCCAACAAGAGCCUUCCUGCCGAGCCGAUGGAGCAUGACAGUGACUCCAUGUAGAAAAAUCUGACCAAUCACCUCACAGAACUCACUUUCAGGAAUUUGGCCCCACCUGUAGCCUUGGAUCUCCUGCGCUGUUAACGACCAUGAAGGGGACUUUUUUUGUAAUGCCACUGAGCCCCACCCAUCUGCCUUAUUCACACACACGUACAUACACCAACACACAAUGCUGAACCUCUACAAACCUGCCGCAUGAGCGCCUCAAUGCUGGUAACCAUUCAUCUGAAGCCAGCAGCACUACCUGCAGCUGGGAAACCUUCUGAGACCUCACCAAAGAGCAAUACAAGAUGUUUUUCUAAUAGACUUUUCAUGUCUCCUGACUGACAUUGGAUUUUGUGUGUGUUCAGAAGUCAGAAGUACAACAGCUCUGUGACCACAAACCUUUCAGACACAGACAGAAUUCAGAUGCAGAGUGCGGCUCUGAUUCUUCUUGAAGCACUAUGUACCAGCAGCUGUUUUGUUGCCUUAACUUUGCCUUAACUUCAGGACCAACAUCAGGGUUCAGAGGGAGGAGACUUUGGAUAAUAAAUUCCUCUCUCCUGUGCCAUUUUGCUUCCCAAGUCUGACGCCAACUGAACAGGAUGCAAAAUGGCUGAUGGCUGAAUGAACCUCUGACAUCAGGUGAAAGCAUACACGCUUACACCUGAUGGAUAAAAUGCAAAACAAUAAGAAGUGGCCACAUCAUAAAGAAAGAAAAAAAGACACAGAGAUUGUCUGUUUUAAUGA